UCUGGUUUGAGCUGCAGUCAUGGAUCGUUGGGUUGGUAAAGUUACCGUGGUAACCGGUGCUAGUGCUGGGAUCGGUGCCGCGAUUGCCGAAGCCCUAGUCAAGGAGGGUCUCACUGUUGUUGGAUUUGCCAGACGGUUGGAGAGACUGGAAACUUUGUCAGCGAGUCUGAAAGGAGCCAAAGGUAAAUUUUACGCGAAACAGUGUGACGUCAGCAAGGAAGAGGAUCUUCUUGACGCCUUCAAAUGGGUGAAGACCGAAUUUGGAGGCAUCGACGUUCUUGUCAACAAUGCCGGUGUCGUCAAUGGACGCAAGUUUUUAGAUGACGACGCUGCUUCCUUGCGUAAUAUGUUGAACGUGAAUUUCAUGGCUACUGCGAUCGGCACCCAGGAGGCGGUGGCUUCGAUGCAGAGCCGCAACGUACCGGGUCAUAUCAUCAACAUAAACAGUGUGGUUGGACACAAAGUUCCAGACAACGUGAUGAGCUCCAGUGCUUACUGCUCUACGAAAUUCGCAGUGACAGCGUUGUGCGAGACUGUCAGGAAGGAAAUCGCGACUGCAAAGUCUGACAUAAAAAUAACGAGCCUCAGCCCGGGAUUCGUCGCGACCGAAAUCAUACAACAAUCGGGAAUGACUGAAUCCGCUGCUCUAGAGCUCUACAAAACACUGCCUUGCCUCGAACCUCAGGAUGUCGCUAACGCGGUCGUUUAUGUUUUGGGAACGCCGAAAAAUGUCCAGAUAACCGAGUUGAAGAUUCAACCACUGCACGAGAUGUUCUAGGAUCAGGCCGUCGCAAAAAAUUACCGACGAACUCAAGUACAGUGUAAUCGCGUGUAAUCUGAGAGCAAAAAAAGUAAAGGUAAAUCAAUAA